AUUUGAAUGACAAAUAUGUUUACUAUGUAAGAAGUGUAACUGAGUUGCUCAGUUAUUUGAUUCUCUAUUUUGUCUUGACAUAAAGGCAUAGUUAACAUGCUUUAAGGGGAAGGCUAAGUUAGAAAUUAUUUAAAUACAGGUGAAACCUUACAGGCAACAAACCAUUCUUUUUAGACAUGGCCAAAAAAUCUGAGUUUAUGCCUGUAUUUACAUGUAUAUACUAAGGUUUUCUGAGAACCUAUCUUGGAUCUGUCUUAUUUUUGUGGUAAUAGCAAAUCCAUUAAGAUUUUUAAUCGUUUAAAAUAAUUUUAACUGCCUAUUUCCAUAAGCUCCUGAUAAAGACACUGACUAAUUUUUUCCAAGCCAAGACUUAAAUCUCCAAAGGAAGGAAAUUCUUCGUGAAGAACUUCUGUUCUAGCAAUGCUAACACUUCAGCAUCCAGAAAAAUGUCUUUUACAAUUCUAUCACUACCUAUCAAUCCAACCACUAUUAGUUAUACACCAAGUGGGCAUAUGGAAACAUUCAUUGAAUUCCUCCUAAGUACUCUAACACACCUUAUAAAUUUCAGAAGAUCAAGUAGAUUUCUGUUGUCUAUCAUUCUUUUCUGGCUGGAGGAGUCAUUAAAACAGUUAUAGAUGUUCACUUUGUGAAUAUAGGCUCUAUUUUCUGAACACACAUUACUGGAACUGCAAUGCAUCAAGAACUGGUAGUUAAGAUGAGAUAACUUGCAAUAUGCUUGCAGGUCAGGCAAACAAAAUGGGGGUGUCUGUAAGAAAUAAAACAAAUUUCUCGUUUGAAAAUAGUGCAGGGAGUCAUGAGUAUGAAUGAGAUGGUCCCUAAUUCUUCAAAAAUCAAAAAAGAAUAAAUAGAACUUUUUUCCAGCUCUAAAAGAUGAAUUGACUGUGUUGCUCAGGAUUUUAUUGCGUAUUAUCUGAUUUGCUUCCAUGUUAUUGUUGGUUGGUUGUUCUUCAAGUAGUGGUGAAAUGUGUUCGUUUUAUGACAAUUUCAACUACCCAUGUUUCACUUGUUUGCUUAUAAGAAAGUCUCAUGGAACGGCAGUACGGGCUUUGAUAGUGGCAAUCUGCAGCGCGCUAUUCUGUCUUUGUUACUCAGCCUUCAACUACAGACUGAUAACUGGCAAAAACUUGACUUACUGUUGGCAGAUCUUACUAUUCUUCUGUAGAUUUUUCACUUGUUUUCCUUAGUAUUCUCCCUUACAGUUCAAGUAUCGUUCUAGGUACUAAUGUGAAGAACUUGGCUUCUAAUUACCUUUCUCUUAAAUCUUUCUAGGUGUAGAGAGACAAUACUUGCUUUUCACCAGCCCUCUGACACAUACUCUCAAAAGUAAUUAUCAAGAGAUAAUGUGGUUGGAUCGUUAAAUGCUAAUUUGGUCAUAUGUAGCAAACAGAGCAAUCUUUACUCCAGUCUGACCUGUCCUCUUUUCCCAAUGCAUAACACUCUUGCAGUGAGUAUCUGCUAACUUUUCUGUAUACAGAAAGAAAUCACAUUUGACAUGUCCUCUGUCAAUGGCAGUCCCUAUUUGAAUAGCGGACCUGAGUAGCUUUACUUAUUCUUACUCUUAGUAUGCCUAUAUAGCUUUUGUUUGUCUGUUAUUUCAUGCAAUGUGUUAUCAACUGAACUGUCCAAAUAGAAAAUUAGUUUCUAUUACAUAAUCCUUAAUAGGCAUCUAUCUUUGUAAUGGAAAAGAGGUAGUCUGGAGUAUUCCAGUUCAUUUGGGAAAAGCUAGGUUUUAACUGGUGGAAAUGAAGGCCUGGUGCCCAUAAGAACAAAAAGCGUUGAACAUUCUAAAAGCUUGACUUCAUUUAGAUGUCGUUUCCCAUUUUAUUUUAUUUUUUUUUGACAGAGGAGUUGGAUUAAUUUAAUGGAAUAUGCCUGCAUUUAUGUAGGGAGUGAACAACUGCACUCAGCUCAGAGCAGUGCAAGAAAUGAUGUUCUGUAUUAUGUUCCCAAAUCAAUUGCUCAAGGAAGAAAGAGUGCAAAUGGGAAACAACAAUGAAAUGAGAGGCAGGCUGGAUGGUAUUUCUGGCUUGAGCACCUGCAAUUCAAAAGACAUACCUGCAUCAGAUGUACAUUUUUUCUAUAAUAUCCAUAAGGUUCAACAUGAGCUUUCGCUCGCAAGAAUCCCAGUCUUCCUGAACAACACAGGAGUUGAAGUUUUUAAGUGCCUUUAACUUUAAUGAGGCUUUAACCUCUGAGGUUUGUGCUUUUAAAAACACUUCUCAUGAUUUAUUUGUGUGCGUGAAACUUUACCAUUUGUAUUUGUAUUCCAUUACAUCAAAAUGAGAUAAUAUUAUCCUUGGAUUAAACAGCUCCCUGGGAAAAACCAACAACAAAAAAAGAGCCCCGUGUUGGUGAUGCACAGGGGAAUGCUGCCAACAAAAAGAGGCAUUCUAUUUUAGGUGGGAGUCUUUACAGACAUAUUGCACUGGGGCUUGUGUGGUGUUUUUUAGUGUUUUUUUAUGUGGUUUUUUUAUCUACUGCAGACAAGAGGUCUCAAACAGUCCUUGUAAAGGAAGACUAUUGUAAACUGUGAAACACACUCUUCCUUCCCUUGGAGAUUCCGCUGGUGAAAACAAUUCUGAUAUAGUUUCCUCCACUCAACUUUAGAGCUUCUGCUGAGAGAAGAAUGAGCUUUUACCAGUAGGAAGCUUGUAACACAAUUUAAAGCAGUGAAUCUCCAGGAAUGCGUGAAGGAUUUUUUCUCCUCCUGGAUCUGAAGAGGAUAUAAACUGUUCUGAAAUUGCUUAUAAUUCCUCUCUGCCUACAAUUAUAACAGCUGAUCAAUAUAUUGAGCCCUCUCAAUACAUCUUUUGUAUUAGUUCAACGCUUAACAAACCCCAUGACAUUUUACCCUGCUCUGUGAUGCACCAUACAAAUACCUUAUAGGUUCCACUUUGUUAGAAGACAUAUGAGCAGCUGAGGCUGAGAAACCAGUCCUGUCUUGAUGUCCUGUAAGACUGGCUGUAACAACUGAGGCUGGCCCAGGCUUGAGGUCACAGAAUACGGCUGUAGAAAAGGCAAGAGUUAACCUCGACUUUCCAGAGUUUCUUGAUGGUUUGUCUGUGAGUCUAACUUUGCUAAAUCACACCUGCUAGAAAGUACACCCCUCCCUGCAAAUAUUCAGUGUAAGGUUUUAAUUCUCAUUCUUGACAUUAACUGAUUUUGACAAGCUUUCAAGGACUUCAUGCAGCUUCUAGGAAAGUUGAUUUUGAUAGUAACAGCUUACUGUAUACUACUUACUGUAUUCUCUUUCCUUUGAUGGCUUCCCUUAAUAGACAGAGAUUUAUCAAGCUACGGAUUCUCACAAAUGUUUUACUUGUUUGAAUAAAGUAAAAGGCAGUCCUUGAAACUGCUUUAUGCCUUUACCCGGUCUACCUGUUCUGCUGUAAUAUUUAUCAGCAGCAGCUCCAGGUGGAAUAGAAUGGUGAUAGCUUAAGCUGUCAAGCUGUCAGCUGAUAUAGAAAGGAAUAUCUUAACAUAGUAACUUAGCUUAGAAAUAGGUUGAUAUAUUUCCAUUCUUAGGCACUUGUUAUGCUGAAUUCAAAGAGAAUGUACUAUGCCUUGUCCCAGUUUUGAGGAAAAAAAUCUGCUGAAGUAAGUAUAUUCCUUAUGCCUACUAUGAGUAUACCCUAUGUGUGUCUACCCUAGGAGAUACCCUAUAGAUAGCCUAUGUUUAUCCAUCAGAUAACGGAUCCCAUUUUCUGCAUCAUAUGGUGUGGUGAUGUGCUGUCAAGACUGAUGUGCAUUGGAUCUGUCACAUCCCUCACCAUCCCUGAGGGGAUGGGUUAGUAGAAAGGAGUAAUGCUUUUGAAAGACCAAGUGAAAGUUCUCCUUCACUCAGACAUGCUGAGAAACUGAUUUUUUUUACUGAUUUUACUGAAGCCAUGCAGCUGUUCUACUGGACAAAAAAGUCCAUGUUCAAACUCCAUACUGCUGAUCAAUUGCUGCUAGGAUGCCAGCAUCGUGAAGUGCAAUACAGUGUGUACCAGGAUGAUGCUGAUCAUACCUGUAAUGGUGAGUCUUUGUGCUUGGAAUACUAAUUUAGCAGCUGAACCAUGUGCUGGAGAUUUCAUGGUCACUGCCUAAGUGGCUGUGGAACAAGGGCUGAGGUGACUCUACUGGUCAGGCCACCUUCAAUUGACCAGGGUUGGGACUGAUGUGUAACGUGGACCUUGCAACAUGUCUUAAGUUUCAUGCCUUUGCAUAGGGUGGAGAACCAAGCAUGUUCACCUACAUACAGCCCUCAGCAGUACAUGCUGUGUAUCCAGAAGAAUACGUAGAUAUAUAGAUAGCCCAUAACGCCUCAUCUACCAUCUAUAGCACAGUGUCCAUGACUACUCAGGUGGGUGCCUUCAUACCAUUGACACUGUAACUGCACCAUGCAGUGGCGUAAUUAAUCAGUGUAUACACAAUCAAUGUGUGUGUGUGUAUUCAGUCUACAACUAGUAUAUUGUCUCAUCCACCUGAAAUAUUGUAUGUACCUGGUUAGGAACUGUAACUAUUGAGAUGAGGAUAUCAGAAUGUAUUGUCCAAGGUGAAAGCCAAGUCCACAUUCUGCACAAUAUGCUGUGUCCCACAGGGAAGAAAUUGACCAAUGCUGCAAUUUUAAUCUUUUAAUCAAUUAACUACUUAACCAGCUUUUAGUUGUCAGUGCCUUUCCUACUGAGAUGCCAAAAGAACCCGUAGCAGCUUGGUGUAAAGCAUUCUCCUAGGAGAAAAGUUGGAAUCUACUUAAACAACAAACUCUUUAACUUUCUCGCUCCUUUCUGAUAUCCUGGAACUGUGUGCUUCCGUCAGUAAAGCUGUAAUCUACCACUUGGCAGCUUGGCAGCACAGCAUGGGAGGGCUGAUUGGCGAGGGGAAGCAUCAAGCUUCAUGUGUGAGGAAGUGAUCCUGGGGUUUUCCAAGAAAUUUCUUCUACAUGGAAUUUCCCGUACUACAAACAGGCUGGCUGAGAGAAUAAAAGGCUGGAGUAAAGGCAGGGGAGACACAGUCCAGACUCUCUGAACUGAGCUUUAUCUUCAAGCCUGUGUUCAGCAGCUCAGCAAUAGAAAGCAGUCGCUGAGAGAUAUUACAGAGGACUUCUACAGCACCUGAGUAAUACAACUGCAACCUCCAUCUGCUUAAAAGAUAAAGAGAAAACUCCUAGAGAAAUGAAUUGCCUGUGGUUCCUAUCUCUUCUUGCUUAUGGGCUUACAAUACUAGAGGUGGUGAAUGGUUGGACAUACCAUUAUUCAGACACUAACAUGACCUACAAGGAGGCAGAGUUAUGGUGCAAAGAGAGGUAUACCAACAUGGUUGCCAUUCAAAAUAAGGAUGAAAUCAACCAUCUUAAUGCCUUCUUACCCUUUAAUCCGGGUUACUACUGGAUUGGAAUCAGAAAAAUUAACGGUACGUGGACCUGGGUUGGAACAAACAAAGUGCUGACAGAUGAAGCAGAAAACUGGGCUUCAGGUGAACCAAAUGGCAAAGGGAACAAUGAGGACUGCGUUGAAAUCUACAUCAAAAGAGGGAAGGAUGACGGCAAAUGGAAUGAUGAGAAGUGUGAGAAAAAAAAGGUUGCCUUGUGCUAUACAGCUUCUUGCAACCCAUCUCUCUGCAGUGGCCGUGGAGAAUGCAUAGAGACUAUUAACAAUCACACCUGCCGCUGUAACCCUGGUUUCUAUGGGCCUGAUUGUGAAUUUGUUGUGACUUGUGAUCCGCUAGAGAAACCUGAUCAUGGAAGCCUUGAGUGCAACCAUCCAUUGAAGGACUUCAGCUACAACUCAUCAUGCACAGUUCAGUGCGAAGAAGGCUAUGAGCUGAAUGGACUGGAGUCAGUGAACUGCAUGUCUGAUGGAAGCUGGUCUGACACACUUGCAUCAUGCAAAGCUGUGACCUGCCCUGCCUUAGAAAUGCCUGCUCAUGGCUCUCUGAACUGCUCCCAUCCCUCUGGGGAGCUUACCUGGGGUACUACCUGUGAGUUCACCUGUGAGGAAGGAUUUUCUCUGACAGGACCAUCCACGCUGCAGUGUGGAUCUUCUGGGGCUUGGGACAAGCAGCAGCCAUCCUGUGCAGCUGUGAGGUGUGAAGCUGUAACCUGGCCAGAAGAAGGUUCUGUGAGCUGUGCUUCUGCAGAUCUCGCCUAUGGCUCACGUUGUGAUUUCCAUUGCCGAGAAGGCUAUGUUCUGGGGUCCAUCACAUUAAGUGCAUGCACAGGGACAGUGGUCAAGAGCCAUUCCCAAAAUGCAAAGGUGAGAUUUACUGGCUGUAACCUGGCCAGAAGAAGGUUUGUGAGCUGUGCUUCUGCAGAUUUCACCUAUGGCUCACGUUGUGAUUCCAUUGCGAGAAGGCUACGUCUGGAGGGUCCAUCCAGCAUUAAGUGCAUGGCACAGGGACAGUGGUCAGAGCCAUUCCCAAAAUGCAAAGUUGUACAGUGUGAACCACUGAAGUCUCCUGAGAAAGGCUCUAUGGAUUGCAUACAUACUGCUGGGAACUUCACAUAUAACACAGCCUGCCACUUCAGCUGCCUAGAAGGAUGGAAUCUCGUUGGAUCUCGUAUUCUUGACUGCAGCCAUUCAGGAAACUGGAGUGCCAGUCUGCCCACAUGUGAAGCUUCUCAAGAAGUUGGCUAUGUCACUGUGGGUGUAGCAGCCACCACUACCUCUCUGCUUGCUACAGCAUCCUUCCUCUUCUGGCUUGCAAAACGGUUACGAAGAAAAGUAAGGAAAUUCACUCCUGCCAGCAGCUGUCAGCAUCUCACUACUGACUGCCAGAAUGUCUAACUCCGGGUGUUUCAGGAAUUGAAGCCAUCUUUGCUUAUGUCUCAAAGAUUUUCAGGAAAUGAAACUGCAUGCAGAUCAGCAGCUGACCAGAUGUUUUUACCUCUUGCUGACAAGAUGAUUCACCUUGUGUGCUGCUCGAAUUUUGAACUCAAGCUGUCUGGUAUUUCCAUAGAAAACUAACAAGCAGAGAGCAAAACUCUGGCCUUCUGGCAAAACACUGUCUACAUUCAGUCAUGUAGUUAUCAUAACUGGGAGCUUGCCAUGUCUUGUCCAGAUGGUGAGCAAAUAGUAAGCUGCUGCCUAAGGAGGAGGCUGGUUUCUCCUCUGGUCUACUAGGUGAGGUACCUAGGUGAGGUGAAGACAUGCAUUAUUUCACAUCACUUAUUACACAGCUGGAGAUGUCUCCUUUGGAGACAUAUGGGUUAUGCUUGCAGAAACAAAAUAAUUGGGGUUAAAAACAUUCUCUGAAUUGCUUUGAAGCCAUUGAUCUGACUUGUUGUUGAAGUCAUUUUAUUUUAAGAUGUUCCCAUAUGCCUGAAAUGAUACAGGCAACUAUCCGGGUUUCUGCUGCAUGUUCCAGAAAGCCUUUGGACUUUAUUUUUGUUGAUGGCACUGGGAAUGGUAGUGCUUGAACUAGGUACUCUGGUUUCUGAAUGCAGCAAGUAGAUGGGAAGUUCUCAUCCCCAUGGGAUUGUGCACCGUAAUACAGAUGUGUGAAUGUAAAUAUUUAAUUUGUUGUGUUAUUUUUACUGAGGACGUUUCUGUGCUGUUAAUGGCAGAUGUAUUUAAAACACCUGUUCCUGAUCUGGGCCCAGGACAUUUGAAAUAAGUCAGAAAUAUGCAGGCGUGUAAUCUUAUGAAUGUAAUUUACGAAUAAAAUAGAAGCCUCAGAUUUUUAUAUAUGUUGCAGGUAUGAUUUAUUGUGCUGUUAAAGGACCUCAAGUGAGAGUCUUAAAUUAUGUUUAAGUUAUAAAUUAAUAUCUCCACUAGACUUAGAACCUGAUGUGUAUUGUCCUAUUUGUAGCAAUAUUUAAUAAAAUGUUUUCAACAGAA